AUGGACGCAAAAGAGCAAGAAAUAUUUACACUUAUUAAUAAUCAUCGUCAACAACAUGGUUUACCAUUGCUUCAACCAUCUAUUAAUCUUGCUUAUGUUGCUCGUACACAUGCUAUUGAUAUUAUUGAAAAUGAUCCAGAUGUUAAUGGUGGAAAUAUGCAUAGCUGGAGUAAUAAAGGAAAAUGGAAACCUGUUAGAUAUACAUCGGAUCAUGCACAAGCACACUUAAUGUGGAGUAAACCAUCUGAAAUAAGUAAUUAUAAAUUUAAUGGCUUCGAAAUUUCAUAUGGUUAUGCACAAAAUGUAAGAAAAACAAUGACAGUUAAUGCAAUAGACGCUGUUAAUAGUUGGAAAAACAGUCCAGGACAUAAUGCUGUUAUGAUUCAACAAGGUGCUUUUCAAAAUACACCAAUGAAAGCCAUGGGUGUUGGUGUUUAUAAAGGAUAUGCAUGUGUAUGGUUUGGCCAACAAGUGGAUACAUAUCCGACCCCUGCAUAA